AUGAUGCUCGGAGGCGAGGCGCGCUGCUCAGAACACUGUCCCACGGCAGCUCUAGCAAGCUACUUCGUUCCUCCAGUCGUCCACGGACCCCCCAAAGAGCCCUCCUCCACCAGUCGGACCACGACCACCCGGUCUCCUCCGUACCACACCACGGUCCGACCACUCCUCACCAGCUCCCCCGGUCAACGCUCCCGGACAACCAUAACUGUGCGGAACCCCGCCGGGGGUGCCGUGGUCGUCCCCGGCAAUAACCAGAUCCCAGAGAUCGUAAACCCCGGUAUCGGGCGGUUGGUUCCAGCCCUGGGUGUUCCGCAUCCCCAGCCCCCGGUCAUACACCCCCAGGACCACUGCUCCCCCAGGUUGACAGCCGAAGUGUCCUGGCCUAGAACCCAGCAGGGACAGACAGCCAAGCAGCCCUGUCCUGUAGGGACACUAGGCGUAGCUACAUACGUGUGUGUGGCUCAGCAGGGCUACUGGGAUCCCCAAGGCCCCGACCUCAGCAACUGCACGUCUCCCUGGGUCAACCAUAUCAUGCAGAAAUUGCGUAGCGGCGAGACGGCAGCCAUCGUAGCCAGGGAGCUAGCGGAGCAGACUAAAGGGCUGCUGCGUCCCGGCGACGUCCCCUCUACGGUGAGGGCCAUGGCCCAGCUGGUUGAGCUGCUGGAUGUUCAGCUCAGAAACCUAACACCCGGGGGCAAGGACAGCGCCGCACGCAGCCUCAACAAGCUGCAGAAGAGAGAGAGGUCCUGCAGGUUUUUUGUCCAGGCCAUGGUUGAGACGGUGAACAACUUGCUCCAGCCCAGGGCCCAGGCAGCGUGGAGACAGUUGCCCACAGGGGAGCAGCUUCGCUGGGCUACCACCCUGCUAGACACGGUGGAGGCUGGAGCUUUCAUGCUGGCUGAUAACCUGCUGAAGACGGACACUGUACAGGAGAUCACCGACAACAUCCAGUUGGAGGUGGCGAGGUUGAGUACGGAGGGGAAUCUGGCUGACCUAACCUUCCCCCAGUCUGAACUACAUGGGAACUCCAUACAGCUGUCUGCAAGCACUCUCAAACAGCAUGGGAAGAAUGGUGAGAUCCGCAUGGCGUUUGUCCUCUACAGGAACCUGGGCUCCUACCUGUCUACAGAGAAUGCCAGCGUUGGUCUGGGCAGUGAGGCUGUCUACCCUAACUACUCUGUCAUAGUCAACUCUCCUGUUAUUACUGCCUCUAUCAACAAGGAGAGCAACAAGGUCUAUCUGUCUGAACCGGUGGUCUUCACUGUCAAACACCUGCAGCAUUCGGAGGAGAACUUCAACCCCAACUGUUCGUUCUGGAGUUACUCCAAGCGUUCCAUGAUGGGUUUCUGGUCCACUCAGGACUGCAGACUGCUGGACACCAACAGAACACACACCACCUGCUCCUGUACUCACCUGACCAGUUUUGCUGUACUGAUGGCACACGUUGAAAUCAAGAAAACAGACUCCAUGCAGGAUCUCCUGCUGGAUGUUAUCACGUGGGUUGGGAUCCUGCUGUCCCUGGUCUGUCUCCUCAUCUGCAUCUUUACAUUCUGCUUCUUCAGAGGACUACAGUCAGACAGGAACACUAUCCACAAGAACCUCUGUAUCAGCCUCUUCAUAGCAGAGGCUCUGUUCUUAGUGGGCAUCAACAGAGCUGACCAACCGAUUGCGUGUGCUGUCUUCGCGGCGCUGCUCCAUUUCUUCUUCCUGGCAGCGUUUACCUGGAUGUUCCUAGAGGGGGUUCAGCUGUACAUCAUGCUAGUGGAGGUGUUUGAGUCAGAACACUCCAGAACCAAGUACUUCUACCUGGCAGGGUACGGGGUACCAGCUGUUAUAGUGGCUGUCUCCGCUGCUGUGGACUACAGGAGCUACGGCACAGACAGAGUGUGUUGGUUGCGUUUGGACACAUAUUUUAUAUGGAGCUUCAUAGGCCCUGCCACGCUCAUAAUAAUGCUGAACGUGAUCUUCCUGGGUAUCGCCCUCUAUAAGAUGUUCCACCACACAGCUAUACUCAAACCAGACUCUGGAUGUCUGGACAACAUCAAAUCGUGGGUGAUAGGUGCCAUAGCUCUCCUCUGUCUAUUGGGUCUGACCUGGGCGUUUGGUCUGAUGUAUAUCAAUGAGAGCACAGUGAUCAUGGCCUACCUGUUCACCAUCUUCAACUCACUACAGGGCAUGUUCAUAUUCAUCUUCCACUGCAUACUACAGAAGAAGGUGCGUAAGGAGUAUGGGAAGUGUUUGCGUACCCACUGCUGCAGUGGGAAGAGUGUAGAGACCUCCAUCUCCUCCUCUGGAAAGAACCACACCACGUCCCGAACCCCAGGACGAUACUCCACGGGGUCUCAGGUGAUCUUACCUGCCUGUACCCCUGGACGGUACGCUACAGAAGACUCUCAGAGUCGUAUCAGGAGGAUGUGGAAUGAUACAGUGAGGAAACAGGAGUCAUCCUUUAUGACCGGAGACAUCAACAGCUCAGCCACACUCAACAGAGGAGCGAUGGCUAAUCAUCUGUUAACUAAUACUCUCCUUCAUCCCCAUGGUUCUAACCAUCCUUAUAACGCUCUGCUGGGGGAUACCAACCACCAAGCAGUCUAUAACAACCCCAACGUGGCUGGCAUGUACAACACACAAGCCUCCUACAGAGACACAAAGGGAAUCCUGAACAAUGCGCGAGACUCCAGCAUCAUGGAUACGCUCCCUCUCAAUGGUAACCAUGCCAACAACUACAGCAUGGCGAGCAGUGAGUACCUUAACGACAGCGUCCAGAUUCUAGAACGCGGCGGCGUCAGUGGUUACAGUACCUACGGCAACCACAAGGAGACAACGUUAGAAAAGAAGAUCCUUAAAGAGUUAACUUCCAACUACACCCCUUCAUAUUUGAACAACCACCAACGAUCGGCGACCACGGAACGCAACCAGAACCUGAUGAAUAAGAUGGUCAACAUCGGUAACGGCACCGGUAACGUGAGCGGCCUGGUCGGUAACAGCAGUAACGGAAUCGGAGUUGGUGGCGUAGUCGGCGGCGGAAUCGGCGGAAGUAACCAUGACUAUGACUUGUGUAACGAUGGUGACGACGUUAGUCACAUGGUGCUGGAUAACCCCAAUGCUGCCUUCCAAUUGGAUGAUAAUUUGGGAUUGGAGAUUAUAAGGGAGGAGUCAAACGCCCCCCUCCUCCCACCCCGCCCCCUGCCUCCCCCAGACAACCUCCCCCACCCUCACCCUCCUCCCCCGCCCCCCCAUAGCUUCUCCCGCCCCCGGCGCAUCCCCCAGGAGACCAGUGAGAGCUUCUUCCCCCUCCUGACCAAUGAGCACACAGACGAGAUGCCGCAAUCGCCCAGUCACAGAAACUCUCUGUACACCUCCAUGCCCGUGUUAACGGAAUUACCGGACGGCCACGGUAGUCACGGGCAGGUGAACGGUUCAGCGGACGGUGAGAUGGACGACAGCGGGGAGAUUCAGGCCGGUAACAGCAGCACUGGGAGUGUACCGGGGCCGGAGGCGGAUGAUGUUUACUAUAAGAGCAUGCCAAACCUGGGGUCCAGGAACCACCUCCACGAGCUCCACCAUUACUACCAGAUGGGGCGGGGGGGCAGCGACGGCUACAUGGUACCUGUCAACAAGGAGGAUUCUGAUUCGUCGCCCGAGGAGCCCCUGACUCCCGUUGACCCCUCCCACCUGGUCACGAGCCUAUAGACCAAUGAAAAGACUCUAAACCCCCCCACUCUUUUCCGGGCCCCAACCUUCUUUUUUUAGUCCCGGCUCCCGGAAUAGUUCUAUGUUGAUGAUUGAUUGACAGUUGGCGCCGGCCAAUGAAGGCCUGGUUGAACGGACUCGCUUCCUGAUUAUUUCCUGUGGUUAGUCACAAUGGGGAGGAUACUGAGCUAUCAUUGGCCGGAAGGGAGAUGAGAGAGGGAUUCGAUUGGAUAGAGAAUGGAUUGUACUUAGACUGGAACGGACUAAACUGGGUGGCUCGAAACUAAGGACGUUUUUUUGUGAAUAUCCUUCAGGAAUGGAAAUAUGAACUAGUAGCUGAAGGACGGGGGAAGAGAGGGAAGGAUCUGUCAUUUGACCUGUCUUGAUACUCAGCCUCCCCUGGAUCGUAGCCCAGACAAAUCCUACCAUGGACCUGUAGCUGAUCCUAGCUUAGUCUUUUUCACUGUCAGAAACAAGCCCCCGGACACAGUUCAAAAGUAGUGCACUAUAUAGGGAACGUGGUGCUGGACUAUAGAAUAGAGUUCUGUCUAUCGCACUCUUUUAAAGACAUUUACAGGGGUGAUGAAGUCUCCUUCCUCUCCAAAGGGUUCUAUAGGAGGUGGACAAUACUCUUCUAGGCUCUGUCUCAAAUGGCACCCUAUUCCCUAUAUAGUGCACUACUUUUGACUAAAGGCCCCAUGGGGAAUGUAGGGAAUACCCUGGUCAAAAGUAGUGCACUAUAUAGGGAAUAAGGUGACAUUUUGGACACUUCCUGGUUUCUUUGAUGCACACUGCUUCCUGAAAGAAACUAGCCAAUCACCAGGCUUCUCCUUGUUCUUCUACUACCUGACCUGCCAAUCAGUAGAGUAUGUAUGAUAAACCCCGCCCCUCACAUAACUAUUUUAUUAGACGACAUGUUGUUCUAUUCUAAACACUGGUGUUUCAGAGCCAUCUGAACCCUUCCUCCUGUCUGAUCAACUGAACUGAAACUGAUGGUGGAAACAUUUUUACUGGACUGUCAGUAAAGUGACAAGGUGUGACUCAACUGAACUUUACUGUUCGAUGUUCGAGAGGUUCCCUAAGUAUGAAAUAGACAAAGAUGAAAGAUCAAAAUUGACUGAAACAGAUGCAUUCUUGACCCGGUGGGGGGUAAACAAAACAUUUAUUUUUUCUUUUCUUUUUUUUAAUUUUCUUCUGUAACCAUGGCUACAGAUGACAAGGUAGUUAGAGGAUUUAUAAAUUGUUGUACAGAAUACAGAUACUGUUGCAUUAUGACUGACUGUAUACCUUCAUGUUUCUGCUUUGAUUUGGACCUUUGGGACUGUAAUAGCAAAGAUGUGUUGUUCUGUCCUGCUGGUAUAACACCAGUUUAGCCAACCACACCAGUUAUAGGAACAACCUAUAUCUUUCUUCUCACUGAUUCUUACCAACAAAAUAUGGAAAUCACUACGGAUUGAUACACACACACACACACACACACACACACACACACACACACA